GUAAUAGCAGAAAAAAUAAUUAUUAGAGAAAAUAAUACAUGUAAACUAAUAAAUUUCAUAAAAAUUUGAUUAAUAUUUAUUAUUAGUAAAAAUGCAUAAUCAGUCCCGUAAAGUUGAGGUAACAAUAAGAAGUUUUUACAUAUUUAAUACGACUUAUGGUCAAAAGGAGGGACAGGAAAAGGAAAAAAUCUUGUAUUAUUAUCCAAAGGAAAUUGAUAUAAAUGCUAAAAUACGUGAUGUAGGUUUGAGUCAAGCCUUUACAGCAUUUACAGAUUCAUUUACUGAAAAACCUGGUGAAUGUGAAGUUAUUCAUACCGAGAAGACUACCCAGUUGUUAUAUCAGCCAGAGCCAAACUUUUGGCUGGUUUUAGUUUUAAAUGUUCCCAAGGAAAUACAUUCGAAAGAUGGUGUAGAGUAUCCUGAAUAUCAUAAAUAUGAACUACAUGAUGCUCUCUACAGACGCCUGCUAAUACAAAGCUAUAAUCGCUUUUGCUUAGAAGACGGCACAUUCCAAAUGAUUUUAGAUCAAUUUUUGGAUAACAAAGAAACGGCUCGUGAUUUUAUAACCCAAAAAUUGGAGAAUUUUUUCAACAAGUACAUUACCUCCCUUAAGUUGCCAGCCAAUGAUAUUAUAGAAUUUAUGAAUUCUUUACAAUAUUUGCCUCUGGAUAAAUUUUUAUUCCUAAGGGUGCACAAUUUCAUAGAUUCUCUAAAGUCUACUUUUGCCAUUAUUACUGAUGCUAUUUUUCUCUACAAGGAAUUUAUAGUAGUUGGCGGAAAACUGAACUCUUCCAAUUUAUUUACCCUCUAUCAGUAUAUAUUUCAAAGUAUUGAAAUAACUCAACGAGAUCCUUUGUCCAAUGCUCCACUAAAUAGCCGCAAUAUUUUUCUUAAAACAAAUGGACAAUUAUUUUCCUAUAAAAUGGUUUUGUUUCCCUCGACAAAUGCUUUGUUGUGCCUGUUCUUUAAGCAAACGGUUGAAUUAACCCCUCAACUUUUGGACGAAUUGAGCUAUGCCAUCAAUUCACAACUAUAUGUAUUGGGCAGAGACAUUGAAGACUAUUUGGCCAAGCAACCCAUUACCGGUAAAACUUCUACAACAAUAGAUUGUACCAAUAAUGCAGAGUACAUGUCACCAAAAUAUCUAUUUCUAAACGAUCAAAGUCUUAAACUAAGCAGUAAUUUAUACGAUGAGGAUCCUCAACAUAAAACUCCCUUACCACAGAAUGUUACCAAUCUAAUAGCCGAUUUAUUUAACUCUUCGGACAACGAAGUUGAAAAGCCUCAAAGGGAUGGUGAUAAAACUAGCUACUCCGAGAUUAUGAUCAAGUCUACUGAUGAUUUUUGGAUUGUCAAGAGACGUUUCAAUUGGCGUCAACGUUUUGUGGUGAUAUUUAGUCAAAAGGCUACUCUACUGGACGUAACAAAAGAAGCUGAACGCAUUUUUGAACAAGAAAUUAAAGAUGGUGUAUUCGCUGACAAAUAAACAAUAUAAUUAAAUAAA